GCAGAUGGUACAGAGUCAUGUGAUGUUCUGAGCCGGGUUGAAUCUGAGAGGUUCUCCUGCAUCUGAUACUAAUACCAUUUGGCUGCUCAAGAAAUUACUGGAGGACCCAGAAUGUCUUACGGAUCCAUUGAUGCGGGCUCAUUUGGAAGCAGAAAUCCAUUUGGUGGGCCCACAAGGCAGGGAUACCAGCCAGUAGCUACGCAAGUCAGUCCCUCAGAGCUGCAAGAUGUGUUCCAGGAAACCUCCUCUAACAUCUUUCAGAUCAAUGCUAACGUGGUAACACUUGAGAAGAACCUUCAAUCGCUGGGAACAUCCAGAGACACAGCAGAGCUGCGGCAGAGUUUACAUUCCACACAGCAGCAAACCAAUAAACUCAUAACAAGCACAAGCCAGCUUGUUAAACAACUCGCUGACAUCAUCAGCGGGUCUUCACGGCAAGACAGGCUCCGUCUGACGAGACUCAAAACAGAGCUAUCAGAUUCUUUGCAGCGAUAUGGAGACCUGCAGAAGAAAAUUGCAGACCGUUCGAGGGCCUUACUUCCUCAUGCACAAAAGGACAGGAAACAGAGCCUACAAACUCCAUUCAAUGAACUGGUUGAAGAGGGGCCAUUGUUCGGAGCAGGGGAGGGCAUUGAGGGUGACGGACAAGCAUUCCUGUCAGAGAUCAGUGAAGAAGAUGUGGAGAUCCUGAGGCAGAGAGAAGAAGCACUGCUGCAGAUUGAGAGAGACGUGCUGGACGUCAAUCAGAUUAUGAAAGACUUGGCCAGCAUGGUGCAUGAACAAGGAGACACCAUAGACAGCGUUGAAGAUUACAUUCAGACCACCUCAUCGCAUGUGGAAUCAGCCAAUCACGAGCUUGCAAAAGCUAGUCAUUAUCAGAGGCAGCUGAGGAGAAGGAAAUGUUAUCUGUUAAUCGCUGGAGUUCUGCUUCUUACUUUGCUUAUCAUCAUUAUUGCAGUCUCAGCCAGAAAAUGAGAUCAAGACCACAGAAAUUCCUGUUUCCAGUCUGCUGUUAUCUCUCCUCAACUUCCCAGCAAAAUGAGAGUCUACAUGUAGAGGUUCACCUGCGCUCACUUCCUCUCUUCUAAUCUCUGUCUGUACUUCUUUCGGAUUAUGUGUAUGCAUGUAUGGAAAUGUGGGUGUGUGUGAAUGUUCAUUAAUGAGUCUAUUUUUAAUCAGUGCUUUGUACUGUGAUGUGCAAUUAAUUGCUCCUUACCUCUUCAAAGUGGAUUCGAAUCAAAGAACAAAAUCCAAAUAGACUAAAUGUUGCUCUAGGCUUUUAUGCCAAUGUUAAAAUCUACUUUCUGUCAUUUAUCUCUGAUUCUUGAGUACUGAGACAAAACUGGCUGUGGUUUUGUUUGCCUGUAAUUAAAUUUGGAAUUAAAAAAAAACAAAAAAGAAUUAUAAUAAUAAUUUUAAAAAGUUUAAUUAAGGUAGUUUCAUACUGAUUAUUUCUUAUAAUUUGUAUGACAGAGUAAGAAUGUCAAGGUUAUGAAAUUAAUAUAACCACAAUAAAAUAAAUGGUACAUUUGUAUGAAGAUCACCUGAUUAAUUUCCCAGUCAGUGUUUUGUCCCAUAUCUCAAGAAUCAGUCUUAUGCUAGUUCUCUCAAGUCAGCUCAUAUUGAUCUUUUGCUACUUACACUGUGCUCAAAAUACAUGUGUAUAUUUAUUUUUCUAGGGCGCAAAUAUAUAAACUGUGUCAAAAGUGUAAAAGUGACAUUCUUUUUAGGAACAUUAUUUGUAAGACAAUUAUUUGUUUUAAAGAAAAAUAACUGGUACAUUUCUCUUUAAAUAUUGUAACCUGCUGUCUGUGUUUAACUAAAACUGGUAUAAUAAACUGACAUUUCGAUUGCAGGAUUUAACCUACCAUUAUAGAAUACCUGUUGAGAGAGAAAACUGAGUUAUUGUUAUUAUUUGCAUAACCAUAAAAUCAUAAACAUGUUUUUCAUGAAAUAUUAUUUCAAAGGUUCAGUAUUGUCUUGUAUUGCACUGCUCUUAAUAUUCAUUAUCUAAGUUGAUUUUUAAUUGUUUAUUUGCUUGCUUUUAUUAAACAGCACAAUGU